AUGUCAGGUCCGUUUUCCACGGUGGUGAACUUUUCUAUUAAUGAAUUUCUUCAACGUGUUGAGAAAUUGAGCGCUCUUCAAAAUAUCAAAUGCUUAUCUGAUUCAGGUGCUAGCAGUCUUAUCUUCCCAAAACAUCACAAACAAUCACAACAAAUACAUCAAUUACAAACAAUGAACACAACAACUACUAUUACAGAACAUAUAAUUGAAGAAACAGUAUAUAGUGCUUAUCUUGAAGCUAGCCAAAUUCUUUCUGGUUGUAAUUUAUCGAUUCUUAAUCCCAAUGGUAAAUAUAUAUCAUUUGAAGAAGUUAAUCGAUUAGCUCAUCAAAAGUUAACAAGAUCACAAUGUAAAGCUUUUAGUAAAAGAGAAAAUCAAUCGAAUAGUGAUAAACAAGAGGAAGAUGAAGAUCUUGAACAAUAUCUAAGUCAGAAGCAAUCUAGUGGAACAAAUAUCAUGGAUGAUUUGGAUGAGCCGCUGUUAGGUGACGAAUCCGGUGCUGAUACUUUUUCAAAUGUAUCUAAUUCGACAUUUAAUGGAAUGCGGAUCUUUGACUCCAUCAGUACGCAUCAAACAGAAUUGUUCUUUCCCAUUGAAAUUAAUGGAGAGAAAAAAUAUCUUCAUAAACAAACCGCAAACUGGUAUUUCUCAAAGACAAAACCUUCUUUAUCAUCUGAUCGAUCAAUUAGAGUUCAAAAGAAAUAG